AUGAAAAAAAAAAAAAAAAAGAAAUCAAUUUCAUCUUUAGGUAAUGUUAAAUCAAGCCAAAACAAUUUCAAAUCAGUAAAUCAAUUAUCCAAUCAAACACAACACAGUGGUAACAAUGUUCAAACUAAUACAAAUCCUCAUUUAAUAGAUCUUUCUGCAAAUAUCCUUGAAUCAAUUUCAUCUUUAGGUAAUGUUAAAUCAAGCAAAAGAAGUUUCAAAUCAUUAAAUCAAAUGUCUAAUCAAACACAACAAAGUGGUAACAAGGUUCAAACAAAUACAGAUUCUCAUUUAAUUAAUCUUUAUCCUUGGUAUUGA